CAUCGAGAUGACAAUCUAAUAGCACAAACCGAAUGUGUUGUACAGACAGUGUGCUACAGUAUCGUGAUGUUUCCUCACUAUGUGUCGCUGUGAUGAGACUGCAGACCUGACGUUUACCUGAGAUUUACCAUCAAUACACAAAUACAACCGCUUUUCAUUUAGCAUAAAAAACAGAUUUGUUUUGUUUCAUUUCCGAAGAGAUCUCGAUUAAUCAGUGAGUUAAAAUCUCUCUUCAGUGUUUUUCCUCUGUUUUGCGUUUCCGGUGCGGCUUCGACUGUAAACGAGCAGAAUCGGACUUUAGCUUAUUAAUAACAUCACCUGACCUGACCUGAUCUUGCAUACAGUGAGUCUACUGCAUUAUGAAGAAAACAAUGCAUCUCAUUGUUUUAUUGUUUGCAGUGUUUGUGUCUGCAGGUGUAUUUGGUGUUGAUACUGAUGAAGCGAAGAUGAUGUCAGUGAUGGAGGGAGAUUCAGUCACUUUAAACCCGUGUGUUAAAAAAAACAUCCAGAAAGAGGAUAAGAUACGGUGGAAAUUUGGAGCCACGCGUGUUGCCGAGAAGGAAAUGGAUAAAGAGCCCUCGGUUGGCAUCACUCUAUAUGAUGGUGAUGAUGGGAUAUUCAGAAAGAGAUUGCAUGUGGAUCCUCAGACUGGAUCUCUCACCAUCAAAAACAUCAGGACCAACCACUCAGGACUUUAUGAAGCUGAGCUGACCAACAAAGAUGAAACAAGGAGAAAACUCUUCAAUGUCACUGUUAUUGGUGUGUUUGAUCCACAUUCAUAUCAACUGAAGUCAUUGUCAGUGAUGGAGGGAACAUCUGUCCAACUUAAAACUUAUGUUACGGUGAAAAAAAAUGAUCUGAUGCUGUGGAAGUUUGGAAACGCCCCCAAACAAUGCUCGUACAAUUCGAUCCAUCACUACCCGUGUCUCAGCGAUCUCACUGAUAUAGCCAAACUGGACAGAGAAACUCAAGAGAUCUCACUAGAUAGUGGUGAAAAUCAGCUAUUCACUGAUAAACUCUCGCUGGACAAGCAGACUGGAGAUCUGACCAUCAGAAAUACCAGAACUCAACACACCGGAUAUUAUGUUCUACAGAUCAGCGGAAACAAUGAUACUCGCUACAGGGGAUUCAGUGUUACUGUCAGUCCAGGUACAGAAUCACAGCAGUGUUUAUGGAAUACACUCAGUAUAGUUUCCUUCGUGAUCGCAGUGAUAUUAGCAGUUGUAGUUUUUGCUUGUUGCAUAACCUGGCACUACAAUAACCCUUUGUUUAUAAAAGUGAUGUCAUGUACCUGCUGUAAAUCAAACAAAGAUAAAAAAGAUAAAGAUUCCAAAAAUAAUGAGACAGAACAUAACCCAAACCCGACUGUGGGAGACAGAGAGUCAGAGUCCCACUUGUUAUAACCUUAGUAUUUGGUCUGUUUAACAUCCGCAACGCUUAAAGCAAAUGUCGAACAUAUAUGCUUUGUGAUUCAUGUUUUAUUUUGUAUUUUAAAAAUUGGAGCAGCUCUUGAUAGUGAUAAAUGAGAAUGUACAUAUUAUAUACAGUACUGUAAGAUGCAUUUCUGUAAAUAUUCUCUAUACUUUAUAAGCUUUGAUUAAUGUGAAUGUAAGGUCAGAUUACAAUGUGUUUGUAUGACACAGAUGAAAAACAGAUGCUAUUAAAUCUCAUGUUGAAGAUUGUGACGAUCAUUCAGACUGUAUGUACAGAAAACAGAGUUUAAGUUGAAUACAUGUCUGUAUGAUUCACUGCUCUCCUAUAGGCUCUUACUGGACAUGCUUUGCUUAUUUCUAUACACAACAUUCAUGUGAACAAGUCAAACAUGAAUAAACACUGCCUUAAGAAGUCAGUUUAG